CAGUCGACUAUCCACCAGCACGGCCUAUCUUCCUCUAUUCUACCUGGAAUCUUGAAUUUCGCCUACCUCCAGGCGUCCGCACUGCCUCCUUCCGCAGCGGGGACCCCCCUUGGUUCCUUUCAUGAGCUGCAGGCCAGGAAAACUUCUUAUCCCUCGACUCGCCCUUGAAAACUUCUACACGACUCGUCCGCUGUUGACUGCACGUCCAGUCCAUCCUUUCAUCGCUGCCUCGUUUCUGACCAACGCCGAAUCUCCCGCCUCCGCCUCCCCGCACAGAAUGGACGAACCCGCCCCUUCUCCGACGCCGGCUGCCGCCAAACCUUCCCAGUCGCCGCCCCCGACUGCAGGCACCAAACGCAAGAGAGGUUCUGCUGGAAAGUAUUAUGCCGUCAAAGCGGGAUAUCAGCCAGGCAUAUACUAUGAAUGGAAGGACUGUUUGGCCCAAGUGACGGGGUUCAAAGGCGCGGUCUUUCAAGGAUUCCCGAGUCUCGAAGAGGCGAACGCCUUCCUGACUGGCACAAAACCUCCAUUGUCGCGAGGCGCGUCACCGCUAAGUGCAGAGCCCACGAGAUUCUACGCGAUUCAACGAGGACACAAACCCGGGGUGUAUACCAAUUGGGCCAAUGCUCAGGAGCAGAUCAGAGGAUUUCAGAAACCUCGAUAUAAGAAAUUUUCAACAAGGGAGGAGGCGGAGGAAUUUGUGAAGCUCGGCGGGGAGCCCGCUCGGUUUGCGACUUCUACAGACACCAAACUUCCAGGGGCUCCGGGCUUGACGAGCGAUAUCCCGAAAGAUCAGCAGGGCAAUCCGUACGAACCGGGCGAGGGCCCUUUACCCCCCGGUGUGGAGGAUGGGUUCGAUCCGAAUGUGAUCCUCGAUCCAAAGACCGGCAAGGUUGUCUACAAGACACCAGAGCAGAAAGCAGCUACCAAAACACAGCCAAAAGGACCACCCGGCAUGCUCCGUAUUUACACCGAUGGCAGUUCACUGAGAAAUGGAAGGGUACAAGCGAUGGCCGGCGUUGGGGUAUACUUUGGGCCCGGCGACUCACGCAGAAACGUCUCAGAACCCCUCAAAGGCAGUCGUCAAACAAAUCAACGCGCCGAGCUCACAGCGAUCCUGCGUGCCCUUGACAUUGCCCCGCGACAUCGAGAUGUGACAAUUGUCACAGACAGCCAGUAUGCGAUUAACUGUGUUACGGUCUGGUUUCAAAAAUGGCGAAGCAAUAAUUGGUUGACUGCGGACAAGAAACCAGUGGAAAACAAGGAUCUGGUAGAAUCCAUCCUGAGCAAGAUCGACGAGCGUACGGAGCUCCGGGUCAAGACUCUUUUUGAAUGGGUCAAAGGACAUGAUGCGGAUCCUGGGAAUGAAGCUGCUGACCGUCUUGCGGUAAAUGGAGCCCAGCGAGGAGCAUCUGAGCAAGAGCUCGGCUAUGAUAUUGCAGACUGCAAGGCUUCGAUUUCUGUAACUGCAAGACCUAAAACACUGUAUGCUAGUGAGGCGUACUUUUCCUAA